UCCUUCCCUCUCAAACGACUCGGCGGCCGUCCCACUCUUGUCGCGCGAUUCAUUCGCUGCGUCACCAAUCACGCCCCGACAGGUCAAUACCGCGAUCGCUUCCGCGCUCGACACGGAGAACCAACUCUCUGUAAGUAUUCUGCACUCCGGCCCACCCGCGUACCAAACCCGCGAGCACAUCUUGUUCCGCUGCGAUUACUAUACACGCAAGUUCGAGUAUUCGUCGAUCGAGGAACUCCUGCAGUCCUUGGACCCCUUCUAUGAUAUUCAGGCCUUCCUCCGGGACAAUCCGACGCAUUCUCCUUCGAGGAUGCCCCGGAUUAGGCCUAGGAGGACCCCCCUGUUCCCUCCGUUAUGCGCCCUCACGCGCGCAUACUCGUCACCCGUAUCAGACGCGUCCGAUUGGCUUUAUACGAGCCGGAAUACUCUACGCCUGUUCGCAAGGGUCAGUCAAAAACCCCGCAUUCCUUGCAGACGGCUGUCGUAGAACUGCGCAUUUGAGUGUAAAAAGACUGCUCUUCUCGCGAUAGACAGGAUGUACUUGCCC